CGAUGACGUCAACCCACCUGACAACCCGGAAGUAGGGUUUGCUCUUUCACUAGCGCACUAAGCUAACGUUACCGCGUAUCGUAUGCCACUGGAAGACAUGGGGGCUCUGUCUCUCAGCCAUUACUGACUGCGGUGCAGCUGAGAGCCAGUGAAUAAUAAGACAUACGAGGGAGAGUCCACUUUAUAUCGAGCUGCCAGGUCAAGCGCGAACAUGGAGUCUAUGCUGAACAAGCUGAAAAGCACCGUCACCAAGGUGACGGCGGAUGUCACCAGCGCUGUCAUGGGAAACCCGGUGACACGGGAGUUUGAGGUUGGACGACAUAUUGCCAGCGGGGGUCCUGGCUUGUGCUGGAGGAUCUACAAUGGCACCAAGAAGUCAACUAAACAGGAAGUAGCGGUGUUUGUGUUCGAUAAGAAGAUGAUCGAUAAGUAUCAGAAAUUCGAGAAGGACCAAAUCGUUGAUUCGCUGAAAAAAGGGGUGCAACAACUGACCAGACUGCGUCACCCCCGUCUCCUGACGGUGCAGCAUCCUCUUGAAGAGUCACGAGACUGCUUGGCGUUCUGUACAGAGCCGGUCUUCGCCAGUCUGGCCAAUGUUCUGGGCCAGUGGGACAACCUGCCCAGCCCCAUUCCCAAUGACAUCAAGGAGUACAAACUCUACGACGUGGAGACCAAGUAUGGCUUGCUACAGAUCUCGGAGGGUUUGACUUUUCUCCACAGCGGGGUGAAAAUGGUCCACGGCAACUUGUCUCCAGAAAACAUCAUCCUCAACAAGAGCGGAUCCUGGAAGAUCAUGGGCUUCGACUUCAGCAUCUCCACGAUCAACCCCUCGGAUGUUGAGCCUAAGUACACGUGUAAAGAGUGGGAGCCCAAUCUCCCUCCGCUGUGCCUCCCCAACCCUGAGUACCUGGCCCCCGAGUACAUCCUGUCCGUCAGCUGUGACUCCGCCUCCGACAUGUACUCACUGGGCGUGGUCAUGCAUGCCGUCUUCAACGAGGGCAAGCCUGUUUUCCAAGUCAACAAGCAUGACAUAUUCAAGAGCUUCAGCAGGCAGCUGGACCAGCUGAGCAGCAUAAGUCCAGCAGUGUUAAACAAGAUCCCAGAGGAGGUCAGGGAGCACGUCAAGAUGCUGCUCAGCAUCACACCCAACGUCCGACCGGAUGCAGACCAGAUGACCAAGAUUCCAUUCUUUGACGACGUGGGUGCUGUAACCCUGCAGUACUUUGACUCCCUCUUCCAGAGGGACAACCUUCAGAAGUCUCAGUUCUACAAAAGCCUCCCCAAAAUCCUGCCCAAACUACCCAAGAGAGUGGUGGUGUAUCGCAUCUUGCCGGCGCUUACCUCCGAGUUCGUCAACCCGGACAUGGUGCCCUUCGUGCUGCCCAACGUGCUGCUGAUCGCGGAGGAGUGCACCAAGGAGGAGUACGUCCGUCUCAUCAUGCCUGACCUCACGCCCGUUUUCAAGCAGCAGGAGCCUAUUCAGAUCCUGCUGAUAUUCCUGCAGAAGAUGGACCUCCUGUUGACCAAGACACCCUCGGAGGACAUUAAGAACAACGUGCUUCCUAUGGUCUACAGAGCGCUGGAAGCCCCUUCUGUACAGAUCCAGGAGCUGUGCCUGAACAUCAUCCCGACGUUUGCCAACCUGAUUGAGUACCCGUCCAUGAAGAACUCCCUCAUCCCUCGAGUCAAAUCAGCCUGCCUGCAGACCUCUUCGCUUGCUGUACGAGUGAACUCUCUGGUGUGCCUGGGGAAGAUUUUGGAAUAUCUCGACAAGUGGUUUGUCCUCGAAGAGAUCCUGCCCUUCCUACAACAGAUCCCCUCCAGAGAACCAGCAGUACUCAUGGGCAUUCUGGGAAUCUAUAAGUGCACCUUCAGCCACAAGAAGUUGGGCAUCCCCAAAGACCACCUGGCCGCCAAGAGCCUGCCCCACCUGGUCUCUCUUAGUAUAGACAACCACCUCAACCUUAACCAGUUUAACUCCUUCAUGGCGGUGAUUCGGGACAUGCUGAGUCGCAUGGAGACUGAACACAAGACCAAGUUGGAGCAGCUGCACAUCAUGCAGGAGCAGCAGAGGAGUAUAAACAUCUCAAACCCAGGGGGCCCGUCAGAGAAGACCACGAGCCCACCCGGCAGUAGCAACCAGAUUGACGAUAUCUUUGGCAGCACAGGGGUUAAUGGGAAAGAGAAUGGAUCUGCAGCAGCCCCACAGCCUAAUAGAAUGUCCCUGACUCUGGAGGAGAAGCAGCGAUUGGCUAAGGAGCAGGAGCAUGCAGCCAAACUGAGGAACCAGCAGCCAUUAGCGCCACAGAGCAUCAAAGCAGCCAACACCACCAACGCAAAGACGAAGGAUCUGACGAGCAGCCUGCUCAACAGCAUGGCAUCUCUAAACAGCAUGUCCUUGGCCAACACGGCGCGGCCAGCCCCAGUGCAUGGCACCACCGUCUCCACCUUCCCCUCCUCCAGCCCCAUGAUGGGUUCAAUGGGCGCCCCGGUCUCCAACGGCUUCAACCCGCCCAUGGGCUUUCAGACGGGCGGCAUGGGGAUGGGCAUGCGGCCCACGGGCCCCGGCCACUACGGUGGGAUGGCCUCCACCACCAGCACCCCAAACUUUGGAGCCCUCACGCAGAGUCAAGGACCCAUUGGGCAGACGCAUAAAGCCCCCGACUUGUCGGCCUUGGACAGUCUUUUUACCCCCAACCAGACCAAAGUCACCCUCAGCCAAAUGGGUCCAAAGGCUUCACCUGGCACCAACACCCCGUGGCUCAAUCAGUACGGUUCGGCCCCCAACGCUCAGACUCCGAUGCAGAUGCAGGGCGCGCCGGUGGGAAUGGGAGGAGUGCCCAGCGGGUUCGGGAUGCAGGCAAACCCUUUUUUCAGCCCGCAGAACUUUUCUCAACCCGCUGCUGCCCCUAGCCCCAACCAAAGUGGAAUUAAACAUAGCGCAUCUGUCAACAAUGAUCUCAAAGACUUGUUUGGCUAAAUUUAACAAAACAGAAUAAAUAAAAGAUGCCAGGUUAGGUAUAUUCUUUUAAUGAUGUUGGACAGAAGAGCCUUGAACUCUCUCAGACCGAGGCGCUGGUUGAAUGUGAGGGUUUCCAAUCCUUUCCAGGGUGUUGCUGUCUGUAUUUUUAAUAUUACCUGGUAUCAAUUCUGACUCUCACUCACUUUCAGCUGGCAUAUUGACCUGCACCUGAAUUCCAUUUCUACUUGACCAGACGGGACAAAAGGUUGAGGCGGGAACUUCUUCCUCUUUGCUGUGUUCUUUACAUGCUGACGGGUUUCCUACUAUUUUGUACUUGACGUUCUUGGGAAAGUCCAAAUGUCGUUGGGGGUUGAGAUUAAUCCCAACUCGCUAUAUAUAUAUAUAUAUAUAUAUAUAUAUAUAUAUAGUCAGGAAGGUUUUGUGUUCAUAUCAUGAAUGAAUGAGUGGAUUUCACUUCCUGAACCAGUUGCAUCAGAAUCGCCCCCCGCCCCAAAAAAUAGACAGAACAAAGAAGGGAAAAAAAAAAAAUGGCUUCACAUCUGCUCAGUUUCAGUCUUCUGUAUCUGUAUCGCCUCUCCAGACUAUUUUAGGAUUGGUUGCAUGUCUAAUGUGAUCAGAGAGUUGGCGUAAAAACAAACAAAAUGUCUUAAGCGUGGGUGGUAGCUUGAAGUGUAGCACUGACAAGCCUGCAUCCACUGAUCUGCCUCCAGGAGGCUCCUGCAGAACGCUCCUUCAGGAGGCUCCUCCAGGAGGCUCCUUCAGGACGCUCCUCCAGGACGCUCCUCCAGGACGCUCCUCCAGGACGCUCCUCCAGGACGCUCCUCCAGGAGGCUCCUUCAGGACGCUCCUCUAGGACGCUCCUCUAGGACGCUCCUCUAGGACGCUCCUCUAGGACGCUUCUCUAAUUUGACAUUAAAGCAAGCGUGUUGAAAAGGGAAGGGUUAGCUUAGUCUGGUCUCAGUGGGUUGACAACCUUUUCAUCUCUUGUCGAUAUCUGUGAAUGCAGUAUGAAUGAUUCAUCAGUGUCUUAUAAGAUGUGUGAAGCAGCUUUUACAGCAGUGUCUUUCUAACAAGGCGACGCCUUGACAGACAGGCAUCUGGUACUCCAAGUAUUAAUAUUUUCCAAUUUAAUCAGCUGUCUGGCAUUUGCGUCUCAGAUGUUUUUGCUUCGUUGCAUGUUACUAAUCAUGACCACGGAAGAGCUAAAGUUAGAUUUUUUUUUUCAAUUUUAUUAGCAUCUUUUUCCAACGAUGAUUCCAUGAAGUUUCAUGUCACACAUUCAGCUGGAUUUGCUCUUUUGAGGGGUCUCGAAAAAUCCACCACUUCAGUAGACACAUUUCAUACAAUGAUGAAGAUUAUUACAACAUAUUUUGAUUUCGGCACUAGUUAGUCUGAGGAACUGUGCUGGUGGAAUAUGAGUAUGAAGUGUAAAUAUAUAGUUAUUUAAAGAUGGAGUGCUCCGUGAGGGCUUUGGAUUUGUCUUUUCUUUUUUUUUUUUUGUAUGUCUUCGUGAUAACGGUUAAGAGGCCUUAGAUGAGUCGUGUGCAAUAAUCCUUCCCGGUUGUUAAGGGUGCGCGGCGAUUGGCUCGAGCGGCCGCCAACGUGUCCUUUCACUUCAUCUCCACCGACCUCCAAUAAUCACACUGGUGCAGCCAGCAGAACGUUCAAAUCUAAUCAUUUGGAAAUCUUUACUUUAUUUCUUUGAACGAGAAGCGCACCAUUUUGGGGUUGUCGGAUGCCCCUCGGUCCCCACUGUGUUUCUUUGGACAGCGACUGCCAUUAACGCGUAUCGCCUGUUACUGGAUCCACUCGGGUCUUUGUGUCGCGAUGCCCACACGGCAGCGGGCACUCGCUCGUGAACUGGACUCUACAGGGUUGCCGGUUUCCCCGGUUCUGCGACUGGAACCUCGUUCUGUCAGAACCCCCAAAGCAGAGAACUAAAAGCUUAUUCUUCUACGAGACUGUUUGUAUACCACUGUCGAUAUACGUGUAGUGUGGCCCUUGUGUUGUGUGUCGAGGCGCUGGCCUCUGAGGUGGUUCAAUGAAAACCUGUACAUAUAAAGAAAAGUACACAAUCCAA